UGCCAUUGUAGUUUCGUGAGUGAUGCCAACAGGAGCUAUCCAUUAAAGCCUCGUGAAUCCCACAGAAGGCGUGCCAUUGGGGAAAAUCCCCACCCUGACACGUGCAUUCUUGUGGCGAUUUCGGCUGGUGGCCUUGUUGCUCACAAGAUGAAGAGCAUGGGUUCGGUUACCACAUCGACCGAAUUCAUGAGCUUUGUGCAAAUGGUGCUUAAGAAGUAUGAUUCUGAAGCAACCAUGUUCUAUGGCUUCGACAGUGCACCUGCCGAGAUAGCCAAUGCUAUCAAGGAUCAGGUUGCAAGUCGUGGCCAUGGACACAAAGCUUUCUUCCUUCGUCGUAGUUCACUUGGGAAUCCAGUUACAUGCUUAUUCCAUGAUGUUCUACAGACCAUGAGUCGAAAGCGAUUGGAUAGGUCACGCAAUGAAGGUGUGGACAUGCGUUUUGAAAGUGCUCUUAGCAGAGUUACUUCAAGCAUGUGUUCAUUGUACAUCCGCCAAUCAUUCCCCGCUGACGAAUAA